AUGAAACGUCAACGAUUGGAUGGUCAUAUUAAUAAUGGUGAUGGUCAUAUUCCAUACGUGGAAAAGCUUUACAGAAAAACACAAGAAAGUUAUGAACAAGCUGGUGGAUUUAUGGAUGAUGAUGACGAAUAUGGAAGAGUACGGGAAAGAAUAGCGGAAGCACGUCAGAAACGUGCAAAUGAAGCAGCGGCUAAUUCAGGUCCUCUGGUACCACCAGAUAAUUGUAUCGAUUGUGAAAAGCCACUGUGUAAUUCUUAUUUGUGGGAGAAAUUCAAUUAUCCUGUUUGUGACACAUGCAGAAAUAGUAAAGGUGCUCACAAAUUGAUUUCACGGACAGAAGCUAAAAAUCAGUACUUGUUGAAAGAUUGUGAUCUUGAUUUGCGCAAACCAGUUUUAAGAUUUAUUUCGAAAAAGAAUCCACACAAUCCUCGUUAUGGUGAUAUGAAGCUGUAUCUAAAAGCACAAUUGGAACAACGUUGCUUGGAAGUGUACGGAUCAAAAGAAGAAUUUGAAAAGAUAAAGGAAGCACGUACUGUACAAAAAGAAACACGACUGGAAAAGCGAUUUGAGAAAAAAAUUAAAGAAAUGAGACAACAAGUACAUGGAUCGAAAAUUUUUAAAUCCGGUUAUGGUAAAGCUCAUGAUCAUGUUUAUGGUGAUGAAACAUAUGAUUCGGAAAAGGAUGAAUAUUGGAAAAUAUGUAAAAUAUGUGAAUAUAAACUAACAUAUGAGAAGUUGUAA